UAUUCGGAUCCCGCUGGUUCUUGCUGUGAUAGUGUUGAGGUAGCUCACCUGACUUCAGGGGCUGUUUCUCCUAACAGUUUCCAGACUCCACAAUUCCAGUAUACUCGGGAUAAUAAUGUUCUAAGUGUAGAACAGAGACAAUUUUAUGAAGAAAAUGGGUAUCUUGUCAUUAAAAAUUUGGUAUCUGAUGCUGAUAUUAAACGCUUUAGGAACGAGUUUGAAAGGAUCUGCAAAGGGGAGGUGAAACCAGAACAAAUGAUGAUGAUGAGAGAUGUGACCAUUGCAAAAUCAGAAUAUGCUCCAAGUGAAAGGACAGUUUCAAGAGUCCAAUAUUUCCAAGAAGAUGAGGAACUCUUCAGAUACUGCACUCUCCCUGAGAUUCUAAAAUAUGUGGAGUGCUUCACCGGACCCAAUAUUAUGGCCAUGCAUGCAAUGCUGAUAAACAAACCUCCAGAUUCUGGCAAGAAGACAUCCCGCAAUCCCUUGCACCAGGAUCUGCACUAUUUCCCCAUCAGGCCCAGCAAUGACAUAGUUUGUGCGUGGACUGCCAUGGAGCACGUCGACCGGAACAAUGGCUGC